AUGACGAGGGCUCAACUCAACCCUGUCAUGGCACAAGAGGAACCGCCAUCGGUGAUCGAAGAGGUACCAAACUUAAACAUCAUUCAACUUUUGACUGUGGUGCAGACAAAGUCCCUCCAAGUGACCCCUAGGAGGCUACCUUUUGUGGAGGCAAUGAUUAAUGACAUUAUGACCAAGGCGCUGGUGGACUCAGGGGCCACUCACAAUUUUCUAUUUGAGAAGAAAGCUAGUCGCCUUAGAUUAAAAUUUGUUCAAACAAGCAAUAGGAUCAAGGCCAUCAACUCUGAAGUCCAAUCAUCUGUUGGGCUAGCUUGAUAAGUGAAGACACAGAUGGGCAUAUGGGAAGACAAGUUGAACUUCCUAAUCCUACAGAUGGACGACUUCGAUGUCAUCCUAGGAGUUGACUUCACUAAAAAAGUUAAAGCCAAGGUAGGAAUCUUCCUCCACUAUAAUGGUCUCAUUAUUUGUCGUGGAGAUCAGUCUUGUUUUAUGUAG